AAAGUCGGAAGUUUGAGUGUGUACGUUACAGCUGUUGGGUGUCAAUGUUGUAACCUCACGUGAAAAAACGAAAUACCCAAUAGCCUAAUAGUUUUAAUUCCUUCAGUUAUCCAGUAGUUCAAGUGGAACCAUGCUUGAUCGUCUCCACUCUUAUGGUAGAAACAAACUUUACUUCUUAAGACUUCGUCGAUUCUGCCAGUUUAUUUUAAAUCUCGGCAGGGAUGGAUUUUAUGACGGCUGGCUGGGAAAGGAAUCUUACUGCACUCUGAACACAGCUGAGGAUUUUAGACUGCUAUAUUCCGAGAAAGCUCGCGUUAUUUGUGCUAUGUGGUACUUUUUGUCGAGGCACAAGUUUAAAGAGGCUGCUAGAUUACUAGCUCACUCAAUCCAUGCAUAUCCAAUGUCAUCGACCUGGAUAUGGCGGGUGGCAUUCCAUAUAUUCCAGUGUUUGAAAGAUGAUGUUGGGUUGAGAUCAUUUAGUAGGGUUUUGGAUGGGUUUCUUCUGAGUGAUGAAAAUAAUCGUAUAUUAGAGUUUAUAUUAUAUGAGAUCAGCAAAGGAAACUUGAAUGCUGUACAGUUUUGUCGCACAAAUAUACAGCCUGUUCAACGAAAUAAAUAUGCAAGUCUUCAUACAGUUUUGACUAGAGAGCCAGAAUUUGCACAUGUUCAGCGAUUACAAAGACUCUAUGAAGGUUACAGCUUUUAUGGAAUGUGGCUUAAACAAAUUAAUACAUUAGUAUCAGCUAGUGAUCCCGAUGAUAUUCAUAUGACAGCCGAUAAUUUAGCUGAGAAAGCUUACCAUCGAUUACAGGAAGUUGAAGCUCUCGUUUCUGAGGGUCAUUUGUGCGACACCUUUGUCAGAGCAUUUGUUGAAAUACUGCAAUAUUUUAAUGAAUGUACACGUGCACAUGCCUUACUACUUAGUUAUGCUCAAAAAGUACCUGAAAACCCAAACACCUUAAGAUAUCUAUGCGAAUGGCAUAAACGUCAACCUGUACCAAUUACUCAUUCAUCAGCAGUUUUGUCUCCAUCUCAUCCAAUAACCAAAAACUGUCAUGAUUCCUCAGCAUGUAGUUUAGAUCUAAGUGAUGGUAAUACAACUGUUGAUGAAACUACACAAUCGCAUACCUCCCAUCAGAAGAAAUCGCCCAAAAGUUUGAAGAAUUCAAAAAUCUAUUUAGAAUAUCGUAUAUCAUUUAGCAGGCGUACAUUACCUGAACCAGCUCCGAACCUGCCUGAUAAUUAUGAAUCUAUGUCGAAAAAAGAAGUAAAAAGUUUAUUAAGGAGAAGUCAUAGCCAUUUACCAACUAUAAUUUCUUGUUUAAAACGUGAAUCUCCUGUGAAAUUCCAUAAGAUGUUAAGAUAGUUCUCGGAAUACUUCGAAACGAUAUAUGUAGUUGACGGCGUAUUGGUUUUUUGCUUCCUCUAGAUCACCCUGAACUUUAGGAAAAAUCAGCUCCGUCUACAAACCUGACAGAUGCUUGGAAACUCAUUACAUCUGGUUCUGAACAUGAUUUGGAGCGAAGGCAGCUUAGACGUAAGUUUAUAAAAAGCCUACCUAAUGAUCGUGAGUAGUGGUGAGUAGCAAAAGCGGAAGAGAUGAAAAAGACAGCAGUGGGUAACAGUAGACUUAUCCAGACUUAUCAAAGAAACGUGUAUUAAAGAUCCGGCAGGACUAUUAUCCACUCUCGAUCCAGGAUAUUGAACCGAUUGACAAAACACUAGGGGAAUGGCCUUUAGCGGUAAUUCAGUUACCUGCUAUCUCCAAGUAACCUGAAGGCAAACUGAUGUAAGUCCUUGAAAUCUUAAUGAGGUUGAUAAGGUUAUUGGUAAUCUAAGUGAUGGAUAGCACCAGGGCCUAAUUGACUAACACCCGAGAUUUUUAAGGUUGGUGGUCCAGUUUUAGCAGUUCCACUAAUUGAAAUCUUAGUUAAAAUCUGGUAACUGGAUGUAAUCCCAUCUAACUGGUUUCGAUCACCGAUCGUCCCAGUUUAUAAGAAAGGACAAAAAUUCUCUUGUAACAAUCUCAGAGGAACCAGUUUAAUAUAGUAUCUAAAAUAUUAGUGUCGUUUGUGGUGUAGGUGAGAUAUGCGUCUUCUGACCAAACAGAGAGUUUACUUCGCAGUGGUUCUCCCCUUUCUACUUCAUGGAUGUAAAACAUGGCUAUUAAUAGUAGAGGAUAUUCGUACGUUAUUGGCAUUCUGUUAUAGGUUUCGACGAGGCACUGCUCGUGUAUUUUGGGAGUAUAGUAAACAAUGCUUGGGUUAGUAAUAAAGUAUAAGGCAAAGAAGGUAGGUCGAUUGAUAAGGUAGUAAAUCUACAUCAACCGAGAUGGUUGGGAGAUGUGUUACGUAUCUUCAACCCCCGCCUACCUCGGUGUGGGUUGUUUUCUGGUUUAGUAGUAGGCUGACCGGACUAGUCAAAAAAUGGCAUCAGACCAUGUAGACACUGGAAAUUGGACUUACUCAAGUUAUUAGGUGUAGACCACCUGGUUGAGGUGCGCGUGAUUAUCGUAGCCAAUGGUUAGAGGUUUUUAAUGACAUAAAUCAAAAUCGUUUGCAGUGGCCCAUGUGCAUCCAUUCUUUGUCUUCCCCCAAAUUCUGAGAUUCUAAAUUCCUCAUAACUGUUUAUUUCGUUAAUUUCUAUUUUAUUUCCGAGUUAUAUCGUCGAUCUUCUUUCUUAUUACCACUAAUACUGUUACCACCUUUACGAUUCCGGGAUUUGGUGUGACAACCUUUGAACUGUAAUCUAGCCAUUUAAUUAGCGUAUUUUAUACAGCAAAUGUGCCUCAAAGUCUAAUUUAUGAACCUCUCUUUAAUGUGUUUGCGUCCAGAGCUUUUCGAUAAUUUUUGACAAAGUAACGUUUCUUGAUGAUAAUAAUCUCUUUAAUACUGUGUAUUUAUUUGUAUGUAGCAGAUAAUAGUCGAUCCAAAAUUAUCGACUCAUUGCUGUCUUAUAUUCACUUAGCUCGUGAAUAUUCCAAAAUAUGCAUAAAAAGGUUUUUCAACAGUCGUAAUCUUCCACUCAUCUUCCAUUACAAACAUUUUUGACCAGCUUUGUUUUUCCAUAACCUUUUUAUACCUGUAUGAUAUAUUUGAUUUCUAAGUUGUAUUUCAGUCACUUAUUUCUUCUCCAAAUAUCAGACGAGGUGAAAAAUACACCGACCUAUGCGGUAGUUCUCGGAUUUUACACUAUUUAGCUUCAUAAAAGGUCGUGAGCUUUUUUAAGAGCAUGUGAGCAUAUUAAAUAGUUAAACACGUAGUCAGUUAUAGCAAAUUUAUAACAAAACGGUAUUUGCGUUGUUAGAAAAUAACAUGGUUCUGAAAUUUGAUCUGCAAAAUACAAACACUGCGCGCUGUUUCUUUUCAAUUAUAUCAAUAUUCAGCAAGUACAUAUUUGCCAAGUUUCUGGAUCCGUGAGUGGUUUUUGUACAAUCAAUGUAGCAAGCUAACUAUUUUUACAACUAUGGAUUAAGUGCUAGGUAUACCUGUAGAUGUUCUCGAUUUCUCUUUCUGCAUGUUACAUUUUACGAUCCACAUUAGAAACAUCUAACACCUGAUCAUUUUCAUAGAUUAGCAGCUUCUACUGUUUUCCCAGGGCCUGGGUUCGAGGAGUACUAAGGACAAGUGUGAGGUUUUAGGCAAAUUAAGUUGACCUAUAGAAUUAAUGAUCACUUUUGGUCGUAGGUAGUUUUUUUAUUACAUUCUUUAUCUGUCCAACAACCAUUAAUCAUAAAUGACUACUAUAAAUGGGACGAUUUAAAAAAAAAUUCACUGCAGUUUUAUUUUAAUUUGAUGUUAUAUCGUUCUCUUUUUAUCUUCUACAAUUCCAGGAGAUUAAAUAAAACUGUCUCCUACUUUACCGAUGUCCAAUUAGUCUUCGUUACACCAGUGAAAUGUUCUUUAAUCUCAGUGCUUCAUCAUUAUCAGUCGAAAAAUUAUGUAUAAUUUUAUACUUCAUUUUAUAAAGUUCAUUGUUUAUUUAAUAUAGACUGAAAAAACGUUUCUAAAUUCACUGUUUAUCAAUUAUUUGAUUAAAGACCUUGACUACUGUAGUUUUAUUUUAAUGACAGGUUUUGAUUGUAGAUUAGUAAAAUGCUCAAACUGUUUGUUUUGUUUUUUAAAUUGUUUUGAAGAUCUUCAUUACGAAUAUAAAUUAGAAACGGAAUACUUUUGAUGUCAUGUUUUAGCAUUCUUUAGUCCAUCAAUGUUAUGACUGCUAAAUAUAAUCUUUCCUCAUACCCUGUUAAUUUUACCAGUUGUAUGUGAAGAUUAGAUGUCAAGGUUUUAUCUUACUUUUUGCUGUUAUACUACCUACCAAUUACUUAACAUAAUGUUGUUUAUAAUGAAUUUCGUAGGAAGAUUUUCUGAUGCAUUGGAUCUAUCAUUUUUACUGCUUGAUCACCCAUCUUGGGCUGUAUACCACGAACCUUGGCGCCUCUUACGGAAAAGUAUAUUAUGCAUCGGCAAAACAAAUUCCCAAGUUUCACGUGCAUGGAAUAUGCGAAAACGGUAUUGGAAUAAAUUGCAACUUUCUUUACCUAAUUUACCUGUUAUUGCCAAGUCUAUGAAGUUAUUGUUGAAUAAACUCGAUUUGACCGAAUCGAAUCAAUGCGAUGAUGAGGAAUCAAAACUGAAUGAUCGUUUAAAUGUCGAAUUAACAAUUGUUACUAAUAUGAAACCAGUUAUUUUUCCAGAGUUUUCCAAUACAGACUUAUCUUAAUUUAUAUAUAUGCGUGUAUAUAUACUAUAUGAGAGCCAUUUGAAAUAUAAAUGCGCAUUGACU